AAGCAGGAGCCGCAGGAGGAUCCAGGUGUGAACGCCGGUAACCUGCAGGCUGGUAACAUGGAUCUGCUGAAGUACGCACUCGGUCUCCUGAUCGUCCUCGUGGUCUCCGACUGCUCCUGGGCUGAAGAGAAGGAUCUGUCCGUCUCUGAGCUGCUGUGGAGGGCCAACAAAGAUGUUGUGCACACGGAGGAGGAGCCAUUCGUCAUGGAUGACAUUGCUUAUGACAACGUAAAUGAGAGAAACGCUGAUCAGUGCACAUCCCGCGGCUGCAUGUGGAGCAAGUCUGCUGAUGGAAAGGUGCGCGUGCCCUUCGUCAUCGCCACGCACUACUCUUCUCGCGAGCGCUCCAUCAUCGAGCGCGGGUUGCAGUCCUUCCACGACGUCUCCUGCAUUCGCUUCGUCCCAAGAACCGGCCAGAAAGACUACCUGAGCAUCCAGUCCAACAAUGGGUGUUACUCCUACGUCGGCCGCCGUGGCUACGCUCAGACGUUGUCUCUGGACCGUCAGGGCUGCCUCUACCACAGCACCGUCCAGCACGAGCUGCUCCAUGCGCUCGGCUUCAACCACGAGCAGUGUCGCUCCGACAGAGACCAGCACAUCCGAAUCCUGUGGGAGAACAUCCAGUCCGGUUGGGAGUACGCCUUCGACAAGCUCGACACCCUGAACCUGAACACCCCCUACGACUACAACUCCGUCAUGCAGUACCACAGGUAUGCCUUCUCUGGGAACAAUAAGCCCACCAUGGUGCCCAUCCCCAACGCCAACGUUGAAUUCGGCACGGCCACCCAGAUGAGCAAGAACGACAUCGCCCGACUGAACAGGCUGUACAAGUGUUAAACAGUGAUGAAAACAGAAAACGUGACAUCAGUUCACAUGUUAAACCAGCUAUUUAAAACUCUGAGGAUGUUUUCUCACUCUUUAGGACAAAUGAGGACAUUGCAUUGAUAAUAAACCUUCAUGUUUGUGUUCACU